AUGCCGCAACCUAUCCCCCGGCCUCCAGGCGUACCUCUGCUAGGUAACAUCUUUACCAUUGACGCCAGAAACACCUGGGCAUCGUUGAACAAGCUCUCCGAAGAAUAUGGAGAGAUCUUCCAGGUCACCGUCCUCGGCCACACGAUCGUGUUUGUGGGUAGCGUGGCGCUCGCCGAGGAAUUGUGUGAUGAAAAGCGAUUCAGGAAGUACGUCGGAGGGCCAAUAGUCGAGAUCCGGGCUGCCGUCCAUGAUUCUCUCUUCACCGCCUCUCAGGCAGCAGAGCUUCGUAGAGAUGCGCGACUUGGCCGACGAGCUCAUCGGCAAAUGGAAAAGCUUGGCGCAAACGCCGUCAUCUCGCCGCUUUCCGAGCUGCAAAGGGUCGACCUCGAAACCAUCACCUUGACCCUGUUCGGACGCAAACUAAACUGCCUGCAAGGGCCAGAGCACCCCAUGUUGAAGGCAAUGGAGGACUCAACCUCGGAAGCGAUGAUGCGGCCGACAAGACUCUCACCGGUCAACUGGCUUUUCUACCGAAGCAAAUUCAGGAACAGUAUCCAGACCAUGCGCAGACACGCCGCCGACAUCGUUCAGUACCGCAAGGACAACCCGACUGCCCGCCAAGACCUCCUCACCGUCUUGCUGAACAAGGAAGACCCCGAGACCAAGAAUAAAUUGACAGACUCACAAGUCAUCGACGAGAUUGUCACCAUGCCCAUUGGGAGCAGCACGGCGCCAUGCCUCCUCACCUCGGCAAUCCUGCUGCUCCUCAGGAACCCGGAUGCGCUGGCCCGCGCGAGACGGGAAAUCGAUACCGUUGUAGGCGACGGCGACAUUUCGGUCGAGAAGCUGGACGAGCUGAAAUACGUGCAAGCACUUGUGCGCGAGUCUCUGCGGCUGUCCUCCCCGGCACCUGGCUUCAACAUCGAGCCUAUCCCUAGCGACUCGAAAGCGCCCGUUCAGUUGGCGGGCGGCAAAUACCAAGUCGCCCACAACCAGCCCAUGAUCAUUGUCCUGGCCGGGGUCAACCGCGACCCCAGCGUCUUUGAAGACCCUCUGGCCUUCAAGCCAGAGCGUAUGAUGGGCGAGCAAUUCGAGCGGCUGCCCGAGGGUGCCAAGAAGUGGUUUGGCAACGGGAAGAGGGAGUGCAUCGGAAAGCACUUUGCCUGGCAAUGGAGCGUGCUGGUCCUGGCCAUGAUGCUGCAGAAUAUUGACUUUGAGAUGGCGGAGCCUGAGUACAAGCUGGGCAAGGAUGGCUGGUUCAACGUCAGGCCGGUUGGCUUCAAGACAAAGGUCAAGCCGAGGGAAUGA